ACCACCUCAUAAGAGAUCCCUAGAGGAUACUCUUCAACAAUUCAUGCAAACACAAGGAGGAAUCAACAACCAAGCUUAUAAAUUUCAAGACCAGACCAAUAGGACCUUAGAUGACAUUCGAAGUCAACUAACCAAGUUGACUCAAUCACUAAGCAUUCAAGAGAAGGGAAAGAUCCCAGCUCAACCAAUGCCAAAUCCUAGAGGUCAGGUACACAUGAGUGAAUCCUCAUCUAGUGAACCUUCAAACCAUGAACAAGUCCAAGCCAUCACUACCCUUAGAAGUGGAAAGAUUGUUGACAAAGCUAUAGGUUUUGGGAUUCCUAGAAGUAUUGUGGAGGAGGAAUCUAGGGAAAGUGAAGAGGAAAUCAAAACACAAGUGACAAAUGAGAGCUUGAGUGACAAAGAAGGUGAGAUAAAUGAGAAAGAGAUGAGUGAGAAAGGAGAUGAUUCAAGCAAAAUUGGAGUCAAAGUGAGUGAUUUAGAAUUUGUUCCUAGAGCACCAUUUCCACAAAGGUUAGGGAAACCUAAACAUGAUCUUAUGAACUCGGAAAUCUAUGAAUUGUUCAAACAAGUGAAAGUCAACAUUCCACUCCUUGAUGCAAUUAAACAAGUCCCCUCUUAUGCAAAGUUCCUCAAGGACUUAUGCACAGUCAAAAGGAGAUUGAAUGUGAAAGAAAGAGCCUUUCUAACUGAACAUGCUAGUGCCAUCAUCCAGUUUAAGGCCCCUCCCAAAUACAAAGAUCCUGGUUGUCCUACCAUUUCAUGCAUUAUUGGAAAUCAUAAGAUAGACCAAGCUUUGUUGGAUUUAGGAGCAAGUGUGAAUUUAAUACCCUACACUGUUUACGAACAGUUAGGUUUAGGAGAAAUCAAGCCUACUCGAAUCACCCUUCAAUUAGCUGAUAGGUCAAUCAAGAUUCCCAGGGGUAUUGUUGAGGAUGUGUUGGUCCAAGUAGAUAAAUUCUACUUUCCUGUUGAUUUUGUAGUGUUCGACACUGCACCAAUUCAAGGUUCUAAUGCUCCCAUCCCAGUCAUCUUAGGUAGACCUUUCCUAGCUACAUCCAAUGCUUUAAUCAACUGUAGGAAUGGGGUGAUGAAAUUGUCUUUUGGGAACAUGACUGUGGAGAUGAACAUAUUCAAUGUCUCUAAACAAAUUGGUGAACAUGAGGACAUUAGAGAGGUAGAUUUGAUCCAAACAGUUUGUCAAGAACACUUUGAGAGAGAGUGGAUCAAUGAUCCAUUGGAGAGAACUUUAAUUCAUGAUGAAAGAUUUUGUUCUUUGGAAUGUGUUGAUGAGGAAGUAAGAGAACUCGAGACUUAUUUAAAUCCAAUGCCUAUUAUGUCAAUAGGUCAAUGGACCCCAUCGUUUGAGCCUUUGAUUUCACCCCAAGUGAAAGCUGAGGCAUCUCUUGUCCAACCUUAUAAACCAGAAAGGAAGCCUUUACCGAGUGAUCUUAAGUAUGCAUUUCUAGGGGAAGAUGAAUCAUAUCCUAUUGUGAUUUCAUCAAAACUUAGCAUAGAGCAGGAACAAGAACUUUUGAGAGUGGUGAGAAAACACAAAAAAGCAAUUGGGUGGACU